CUAAGCAAGCUCAGUUGUUGAAAUAUGUCGGAAGCUGACGUCGUGAACACAUGCGUGCUCAAUACUGUUGAGUAAUCAGUAUCAUACUGAGUCAUGGGAAAGAUAAAAAUCACUUCGUUUGCUCAGACAGAAUUGACUGAAAGUUAUUCCCAAGGCUCGUCUUCACCUUAUCAGUAGAGAUCUACUCGUGCACUGGAAUAAUUAAGAUACUGAUGCUGGGGCUCUACAUUAUCUCCAGGCAUCUUUAUCCCCCUCAACGAUGACAACAAAAUGCGAAGUCAAAGAAAAAACAAUGUACUCCUGCAUCAGCAACAGAUGAGAGCCAUCUACGGCAACACCAACGGGGGCAUCCAGCCCAUCCGGGGAUUAAAGCCCUCCGAAAUCGCGCAGCUGGUGGAAAUGCAAUCGUCCAAGCGUGAUGUCAGAGAGUCCAAGGAAGAGGCCGCUCAGAAGUCGCACAGCAGCCUGCAGAUUUCCCAACGACCCUCGCUGAUGUCACAGGUUGUGCAGCGGCCCGCGGAGACGUCACACUCGCGGGUUUCCAUCAGCACUACUUUUGCCCUUACCCUCGCAAGCAAGCCCAAGGUACGGCGCCGGCCAUUUCUGAUCCCUCCGCUCCAGGUCAAUGAGAAGCCGACCCCGAAGCAUAUCGUCACCAUAGACACAUCCAAGGCGCGCGGUAACACAGAUGUCGUGCGCCUGGUCGCCAGAGACCUCGGCUGGAAGGAGUGCCCGUGGCCCCGACGAGACCAGCCCUGUGACGUCACGUGGCACGCGGUCAGUUUCUACGACCAGCCGGACAUUUUUUCUGGACAAGUAAACAAAUUUCCCGGUUCGCUGGAGGUCUUUCACAAGGUCAACCUCUUCCGGCAGCUGGAGCUGAUGAAGCAGAUGUACCCGGAUGACUUCAACUUCUUCCCGCGCACCUGGCUGCUGCCGCAGCAGUACCACGAGUUCUCCAACGACGUGCGUCACUUGAGCGAGCGGCGAGGACGCCACAAGCCCACCUUCAUCAUCAAACCCAGCGAGGGUUCGCAAGGGGAAGGCAUCUACCUCAUCCGCGACCCGCAGCAGUACUCCGGCCCCAAUAACCGCUCGCACGUGGCGCAGGAAUACCUGGCCAACGUCCUGCUUCUGGACGGCUUCAAGUUCGACCUGCGCGUGUACGCCGUGCUGCGCAGCCUGGAUCCGCUGGAGGUGCACAUCUGCCACGAAGGGUUGGCGCGCUUCUCCACCGUGCAGUACGAGCAGCCCAGCAACCGCAACCUGGGCGAGACCUACAUGCAUCUCACCAACUACUCGCUCAACAAGCGCAGCGCCACCUUUGACAAGUCCGAGAAGGAGGACGAGGGCAGCAAGCGGAAGCUUACCAGCGUCUUCCGCCGCCUGCAGCGCAUGGGCUACGACACGCAGCGCCUGUGGGUGACCAUCGAGCGCAUCGUCUGCAAGACCCUCAUGGCCGUCAUCGGUGAACUCAAGGUCGAGCUGCAGUCGGUGAUUUCGCCAUGCAAGCCCCAUCCCACCUGCUUUCAGGUGUUAGGAUUCGACAUCCUCCUCCUCAAGGACCUGCGGCCCGUGCUCCUGGAGGUCAACUCCAACCCGAGCCUGAGUAUCAUGGGAGAACAGGAAGUCGCCCCCGGCAUCGUGGAAUACAUUCCCUCCAUCAAGGAUGAAGAGGUAAAGCGUGCGCUCAUCCGUGACACUCUGAUCCUCAUCGCACCCAAGAACAAGAAGACGAGAAGGAGGCGGAAGAAGCGACACCACAGGACACAAGUCACCGUCGAAGACAUGGAAGUGGACCCUCCUCCGUCAAUAAAGCUCACCCGCCAUCGAAACCGGAAGCGUGAGCGCGACAUCUCCAUCCGAAUCGUGGAAGAAGACCCGCCGGUGCCGGAGACGGUCAAGUCCAUCUUCGCAGAGAACCAGCCUCGGCCCCUCGUGCGGCAAGAGACCUGUCGCGUCUUCCACGAGGCACAAGGGGAACAAACCAACGUCGAGUCGCCUCCCAUGCCGCCAUCACCGCACUUGAGAGGACCCGUGUUCCUGGACGCCGGCGACCAGCACUUGCCCGCCCUGACUCAGCAGCAGUCGCCCACGGGUGGGGAGAACAAGCAGCUCGUGGCGUUCAUGGAAGGGGAUGUGGACAUCUCCUCCCAGCCCUUGCCCAACUAUCCGUACCCGGAGUCGUCGGAGGACGAGGAUGGAGAGGAGGAGGAGGAGUCGUGCCUGAAGGAAAUUUACCCCGCCCUCUACGCCGACGAUCUGCAGCAUCUGCGGGUGAUGGACAGGCUGGCGGACGUUUUCAUUGGCUGUCUCAGCGUCCGGGGGUGUUCGCGCAUGGGACCCACGGCGUUCAGGAUGUUCGCCAGGAAGUGCAGACUCAACAAAAAAGGCCUGACGAACGCCUCCAUCGACAUCUUGUACAUCGACGUGAAGCGCAAAUGGGAAAUGUUGAAUCCAGACAUGACAGCAGGUCUUAGUUUUCACGGUUUUGUGGACAUCUGCUUCGAAAUCGCCAGGCGCAAGUUUCACACAAACAGCAAGGCCAAGAUGAUGGAGGAGCUGGUCAGCUACUGUGAGGAGAACAUGAAGCACCGAGCGGUUGAGGAGGAGGUGUCUCCCACCCGGUUAUCUGCUCAGAUGUCACGUGUACCCAAGCGUUCCGUCAACCUGUUUCCUCGUAGAACGAUCACAUCCCUCGAGGAGGAGACAGAGAAGUUCUUCCCUCGCCGAAUCACCUCACUUGAAGAAGACACCGACAACUCUUCUUUCCAGCAUCGGAAAUCAUACACGGCAGAGAUGAACAAUCUGAUAAGGGAGAUUCACAAACGACACUACGCUCCCUCUCCAAUGUCGUUGUUGCUCCCAGAGGGAGAGUGAGUGCAUGAUGUCAGCACAAAUGGAUGCUUACACAACUCCUCAUUUCGAGUUCCUCAUUCCUGAUCCACCACCUGCUAGUAAUGGGAAAUUAUUGUUGUUGUGACAAAACUUUUGACCUGACUGUUCAGUUUACCAUCAAAACAUCAGUGGCAAAAUUUUGCUUGACUUUCCUUACACUUUUGGCUUUGGAGGUUCCAUUAACGCCCAUGUCACAGAGACAGAUUCAUUGACCAUGUUGUGUGACAGGCACAGAGAUCAACCAUAUUUCAUUGUACGGGACUAUACAAUUAAGACUUCAUUCUAAUGUUGUGCAAUUUUUGAUGUGGUCUGUGUGUGGUGUGCAUACUUAUCUACAUGAACAAGAGAAUAGACCACACAUACACAUUCUCACACACCACAUGCGACGAGUUAACUUGCAGAUUCCUCUUACUCAAGCUAAUUUUUUUGUUCUAGCAGCCUACAAAUUUUAAUUUAUGCAUAUCAGAGUUUUAGAGAAACUUGCAGGAUUAUUUCUAUAAUUCGUAAGUUUUUCAUGUUAAAAAAGUACUUUUGCUCAUAAAAAUGAUUUAUUAGAUACAGUGGGUCAAACUUUACAAAAAACAA